UUCUAGAGCUACGGCAUUACCGUAUGGGAGUAUCGUUGAGCGUUUCUCGGAAAAAAAUAAGUCAACCGACAGAUGGAGUUAACCAUCAACCCUGCCUCUUACAGUACUUGGAUAUGGUCCAUUAUGAAAAAAAAGUGCUUACUUUUCAUGACUUUUUGGACUGUAUUUGUUGUUUUAUUAGGUGUUUAUUGGUAUCUACAGCUUUUGCAACAUGAUCAACACACACAACCAAAUAUCGCAGCUAGAGAACAAAGCUCUAUCAAUAAUGGACUAGGUGCUUCAUCUGCAUUUCUUGAUUCCAUGAAAAAAUACUGCAAUAUUCCAACUCUAAAUCAUUUUAAUGGUCUUGAAGGUAAUUUUGAAGAAGAAUAUGAUCUAUUGGGAGUUAUAACAAUAUUUCGACAUGGUGAUAGAGGCCCACUAGUUACAGUGAAUGAUAAAAUAGAAAUAAAUUGUAGUUCAUAUGUGACUGAAAGAUAUAAACAACUAGAAAAUUAUGUUAGGACAUAUAAAUCAGAUCUUCUUGUGGUUAAGCUACUACCUAAAAGUGAUUUUUGUAUUCCUGGUUUGUUGUCUAAACAAGGGGCUUCACAGUUGAUAGAACUAGGAAAUGGAUUUAAAGAAUCCUAUGCAAAAUACUAUGAUUUCUCUGAUUCAAAUGCAGUAAAGCAUGUCUCAGCAAGCACAACUCCAUACAGUCGAACGAUUCAGUCGGUCUAUUCGUUCUUGUUUGGACUCGUGGGCUCUAAAACGUUUUUGAACAUAAACCUUCAAAAGAAGAGUGACGUGACUUUCUGUUUUAAAAAUUGUCGAUGCGAAGCUGCAAUUCGGCUUGAGAAAUCGCAUAAACUUGAACUAAAUAAAUUGUUCGAAAACGAUUUAAGUUUGACAAAUUUCUCCUCCCAGGUGCAAAUGAUUCUCAAGAAUUCCGGGAAAUCUAAAAAAUCCAUUCUUCCUAGUACUCUUAAAGAUAUGGUUCUUCAUUACGCUUGUCACGAUCAAAUUCCUGAUUGCUCCAUUAAAGAAUCCAUAUGUUUAAACUCGACCACCAUUAUGUCCUUGGAUUACUACUUAAAGCGUGAAGCUGAAGCUAGCGCUAGUGGCCUUAAUUUGAAGAAAGCAGCAAUCCUUCGAGCUUACGGCCUCUUAAACAACAUUGAUCAACAGAUUCUGUCUUGGAUCAACAUGUCAAAAAAGCGUAAAUCGAAAAUUCUGCUUAAUUUUCCUUAUUUCCAUUUCUUUUCUGGGCAUGAUUUGACUUUGAUGUACAUUCUUGCAAGCCUUCAUAUUUACGACGGCUACUUACCUCACUUUGCGUCUCGUCUUACUUUUGAAAUCCUUUCGAAGGGAAGUCAAUACUACCUACGCAUAUUGUGGAAUGGCCUUGAUGUUACUAAGAAAAUUUGCCCUUCUUCUCCGACCUACUGCAAUGCUCGAAUUCUCGUUAAUUUUCUUCACAUUGAGAUGAAACGAUAUUUCCAAACGGAGAAAUUCUCCGAAGCCUGUGAAGUCUAGUCCGCAGUUCUUUCUAUCUUCAUCUUUUUGGUCUUUUAGCGGAUACGUGAUGUUUGUUUUUAAAUUUUUAUUUUCGAGUGUUAUAAAUAGUUAAAUACAUUUAGAUUUUCCUUCUUUA